GGGCCCUAGGCUGAGGGACCGGGAGAAGCGGAAAUCACUCUGUGAGGCAGUGGCGACGGCGAGAGGAUGAACAACAAGUUCGACGCAGAGAGAGGAAGGGAGAGAGAGAGACACUGACAUGAGAGAGAAACAUCGAUUGGUUGCCUCCCGUACACACCCCAACCGGGGAUCGAAUCCACAACUUAGAUUGAAAGAUGAUGACAGUGGGGACCAUGAUCAGAAUGAAGAAAACAGCGCACAGAAAGAUGGUGAGAAGGAAAAAACAGAACGAGACAAAAGCCAGAGCAGCAGCAAGAGGAAGGCUGUUGUCCCCGGACCAGCAGAGCACCCGCUGCAGUACAACUACACGUUCUGGUACUCCAGGAGGACCCCCGGCCGGCCCACCAGCUCGCAGAGCUAUGAGCAGAACAUCAAACAGAUUGGCACCUUUGCCUCUGUGGAGCAGUUCUGGAGGUUUUACAGCCACAUGGUACGUCCCGGAGACCUGACAGGCCACAGUGACUUCCAUCUCUUCAAAGAAGGAAUCAAACCCAUGUGGGAGGAUGACGCGAAUAAAAACGGCGGCAAGUGGAUCAUCCGGCUGCGGAAGGGCUUGGCGUCGCGCUGCUGGGAGAACCUCAUCCUGGCCAUGCUGGGGGAGCAGUUCAUGGUCGGGGAGGAGAUCUGUGGGGCUGUGGUCUCCGUGCGGUUCCAGGAAGACAUUAUUUCCAUUUGGAACAAGACUGCCAGCGACCAAGCCACCACAGCCCGAAUCCGGGACACUCUUCGGCGAGUGCUUAACCUACCUCCCAACACCAUUAUGGAAUACAAAACCCACACCGACAGCAUCAAGGCCUGGGAGGAGUUUCAUGGCCUGGUGAACAGCAGCGGCCGCUGAUCGGACGCUCCCCUCUGUCUCUCACACUCAGGGGACAAUUCAAGCUUUCGAAAUACAAAAAUCACAUUGUGAACGUACACAGCUGGCAAUAAUCCCUUUCUGUGUGUGUGUGUCCCCAAAAUGGAUGGAGGUCUCCAGCUGGCCCUUCCAUCUGCUCACGGAAGGGACGUCCCUGAGUGGCCGCUCCCUUUUGCACUCGUUCCUGGAGGACGGAUUCCGCUAGACACCCUCCAGCGGCGCUGACUUUAUAAAGCGGACGAAUGGCAAACGUGACUGUGUAAUAGACACACUUUUUUUUUAUGGGUCUCUGUGGGGGGAGUCUAGCCUUUGGUAUCGCUGUGUGCUGGCCGGGUGCCUCCCGGGCCUCCUGCCGUGCGAAGGGUGCAUGGCCGCGGACACCAGCCCGAGCUGCUGGCCUCGAGCUCCCAGUGUUAGGAGCGCCUGUGCGUCCAGGAAACGCUUUGUGUUGGAGCGCCCCGGGAUAGCUGUAAAUGCUCUCUUCUAGCUUUGCCAUUAAAUUAUUGGGACAUUUUGUUUAUUUCGCUCCCCUCUUCCCCCAAGCCCACCACCCUCUGACAGCAUGUUACUGUGUGUGGUCUCCUGCCUUACGCCCUCUGGUCUCCCCUGGGAUGGGUCUCCCCUGGGGUGGGACUCUCCUCCUCAGGCACUGCUGCGCUUAGAACUGUAACCCGGAGGGCCACCGCCCUCCCUGCGGCGCCCUAGAGGUGCGACUCUGUAAAUUAAAGUGGGGCGCCAGCCUGCUGAGUCCACAGCCAAAUCCAGGAUGCCCACAGAAGCUUCUGGCAGGCUCCUGCAGGCACGCGUCAGAGAGGCGGGGUGGUCUGCUGCGGAGGGAGUGCAGCCGGAGGUCGAAGAGCGUGCGGGACCAGUCCCACAGCAGCCGCGAAGGAGCACUGUCUUGCCAGGCUCUUGUGAGCAGAGAUCGAAGUACCUUAAAUUAAGGUCCCUCCUAACCUCUGUCCUUGCAGGCCAGAGGGCCUUAGCCACUGGUCUCAGAGAAGUUGGACGUGAGCAACAGGCGUUUCCUUAUUGUACUUAUAUCGCUCCUCCUACUUUCCAUCUCCUGAACGCCCUCAGAGCGCUACUGUCUUGGCGUGCUUUCUCCUAAAAGAACAGAGGAUACAGGGGCCAAAGGGAGGUGCUUGCAUUACAGAUGAUGUUAGAUCGGAAAAGAAGACCUAGCAGUGAUUUAAACUCCAGGAAGACGAAGGAUAAAUUCUGGUGCCCAGACCGUUGUCAAGGGCGCAGGCACACGCGCAGGAGCAGCGCUGGCUAACGUGGGGAGCGAGGCGGCCUCCCGGGAUCUGCCUGCGCCCCUGGGAGGCCUCCCCUUUUGCCUGAACUCCAACUUGCCGUGGCAGUCUCAGAGCGCGCGGGCGCUGGAGUUCGCCCUCCUUUGGGCACCUACCGGGCUGGGGCGUGUGCAUAAUGCGUGUGUAACGUGUGCACGGUGAGGACUUUGUAAUGCCAGAGAUUAGGCGUAUUGUCCGUGUUCAUGUUGCUUUUCCUUUCUUUUCUUUUUUGGCCUCAUUUCCAGUUUUUUUACUCUCUUGUAUUCCUGGAGCUGCUGUGUUUCCCCUUCCUCUUUGUCAUUGCAGUACAUGAAAGUGAUUUUUCCCACCCACACGAGGCUGACGCAGUGCUGGGUGGGACCAGGGCUACGCCUCUUAGGCAGCAUUUCACCCUCAGGGUGCCCCAGGGGCUCUGCCGGCAGCCUUUGGCCGGAGCCUGAAGAGUCCGCGGGUCCAGCCGCCAGCUCUCCAGCCCAGCUCGGCGGACCUUUCCGCCUCCGCCUCCGGAGGCCUCUGCUGGGCCGAGACAGGACGCAGGACGGCCAUGGCGUCGCCUG